AUGACUGGGGCCAAUAACGAUUUACCGGAUGUGCAAACUGGUGAGACAGAACUUCAAGUCCUCUGGCACACUGAUGCCAUGUCUUACGAUCCAAAUGAGUACUGGCGCGGAUGGCAUGGAUUUGAGCUCGCUGUUGUUGCUGGAGAGUCGACUGAAUCUCGAUCAACCAUUCCCGCUGACUCUCCUGAGAAACGAGAAGAAUCCUGGAAGGCACUUUCAAACGAAGAAAAAGAACAUAAUCUGGAAGAGAGAAAAUCUCGCUACGAAAAUGUUGUCCGAUAUUAA